AUGGGUCAGCAGAGCUUCAGCGGAGACCAGUGUCUCUGCGCUGUGCACCCCCACAAUGCCACAGGAGUAGUAGAAUUCCUCCUCUUGGGGCUCUCAGAUGACCCCCAACUCCAGCCUCUCCUCUUCUGCUUCUUCCUGUCCAUGUACCUGAUCGCCCUCACGGGAAACCUGCUCAUCGUCCUGGCUGUCAGCUCGGACCCGCACCUGCACACGCCCAUGUACUUCUUCCUGUUCAUCCUGUCCAUGACCGACAUUGGCUUCGUCUCCACCACCGUCCCCAAGAUGAUUUGGAACAUCCAGACACAGCGCAAAGCCAUCUCCUACUCCGGCUGCCUGGCCCAACUGUCUUCCUUUAAUCUCUUGGGAAGUCUAGAUAGUGGGCUCCUGACUGUCAUGGCUUAUGACCGCUUUGUGGCCAUCUGCCAUCCAUUGCACUACCCGGUCAUCAUGAACCCUCGGCUCUGUGGGCUGCUGGCUCUGGGGUCUUGUCUCAUCAGCAUCUUGGAGUCUCAGCUGAAUCUGUUGGUUGUAUCUCAGCUGCACUUCUGCCCCCUGGUGAGGAUUCCCCACUUCUUCUGUGAUCCCCCUCAGCUCCUCAGGCUGGCCUGUGAGGACACUUCCAUAGAAAACAUCUUAAUCUAUUUUAUUGCUGCCCUCUUUGGGGCUAUUCCGGCUUCUGGCAUCUUUUUCUCUUACUACAAAAUUGUGUCUUCAAUCUUGAAAGUCCCAACCAAAGGGGGGAGGUACAAAGCCUUCUCCACCUGCGGGUCUCACCUGUCUGUGGUUUGCUUGUUUUAUGGGACGGGCCUGGCGGUGUACCUCAGUUCAACUGUUUCCCGUCCUUCCAGAAGGGGGGCAGUGGCCUCUGUAGUAUACACCGUGGUCACCCCCAUGUUGAACCCCUUUAUUUACACUCUAAGGAACAGGGACAUCAAGAGGGCCUUACAAAGGCUGCUCCCUAGAAUUAUGUAG